AUGGCUGAUAACGAGCUAGCAUCACGUCUUCAGAAGAGAGUGGAAGUAGAAGAAGGGAAAGAGGUUCAAAAAAACAUGCGCGAAUACGUUGAUCCACACGAAGAAUUCGCACAUCCGUACCCAGAGUUCAGCGAAUUCACCCGGGAACAAUGCGCCAUGUAUGAAGACAUGUUUGCCGAAUACGACGAGAACAAGGAUGAUUUUAUUUGUUAUGAUGAUUUGAAGAACAUGAUGGAGAAACGAGGGGAGCCUAUGACUCACCUCGAGCUCAAAAGUAUCAUAAGCCACAUAGACGAGGACAAGGAUGGCAAAUUCAAUUUCAGAGAGUUUAUGUUACUGUGGAGCAAGUGUUUGAAAGGAGAAAUGCCAGAGGGGUCAGGAUACACGAAGAUUGUCAAGAACAAUGAGAUCGUCUUAGCAGCAACACCUGCAGAGGUCAAAAAGGCAGGAGUGGGUGGAGCUAAGAACUUCUUCGAGACGUCUGGCCGGGCUGAUGAAGACACCCAGAAUUUGAAAGACGAAAUUGUUGCUGAGAAACGGAAGGCUACCGAAGCCAAAAAACAGGCCAAGAGAGAUAAGGAGGCUGCUGCAGCCAAGAAGGCAGCCUUUGCAAACCGAGCAAACAAGUUUGUCUAAACUCAACAUCCGUUUUGGCUUAUUAUACUGUUGUAAAUAAUUAUAAUCAGAUUCUGGACUAAUUUAAGCCAAAGCCGAGCGUUAUCU